AAUGCGUCUGAAUAAAAUUUUUCAAAAUAAAAAGAAAUAAACUGCUUCACACACAAAAUCGAACCCAAUUCAGUCGGGUCCGAACCGAACCCGAAGUUCCAAAUUCCAAUGGCUGCUGCUGAGAAGGAAGAGAAAAAAGACGAGCUCGCCGAGUCUAUCAACGAUCUCUUCGGCAGCGUCUCCGCCAUGGUCGAAUCGGAGCUCCAGGGAUCGACCAACCACCUCGAUCUCCUCGAAAAGAUGAACCUGCGAGUUGCCGAAGAGUACAAGGGAUUCGGCGACGUGGCGGCGGGGCUGAGCGUGUUCGUGGAGCAGCUCAAGGCCAAAAGCUGCGGCUUCGAGGAGUACGUGAAGCAGAUCGACGUCAUCGAGCAGCAGGUGACGGAGUUCGAGGCCGUGAUUUCGGUGCUCGACAGAUACGUGUCGAUGUUGGAGUCCAAAGUCCAAUCUGUUCAUCAGAAUCCUCCGGUUUCCUGAAUUCGAAAGUGUCUCUGAAAAUUGUUCUUUUGUUUUGUUUGAACUUUGUGGCAAUGUGUACAUUUUGAAACGAGGUUUCCACAACGAACUUCGGAAUGUUUGAGAUUGCUUUAGGUUGAUUGUAAGUACUUCUGCUAAAAAUGCUUUUACUAGAAGCACAAUAAAGUUUUUAUCUUAAAUCUGAA